GGCCGUUAGAUGUCGCCACUCCUCUCACAUUCACUCACAGCAGAAGCACCUCCGUCCCCCGCUGCCUGCACAUCAUACCAUAUCAUAAACCGCUACCAUUACUGCCAGCGAGCUAACAACAUACCCUUCAAAAACAGGAUCUUACCAGCGGCCGAGGCGUUGAUGGAGGGGCUACUGAGAGGUGUUUGGGAAGGACACUAUGUUUCCCUGUGUCUCCUCCUGGCCCUCUUCUGAUCCCCCUGCCGCUCUGGGCCAUGCUCCGCCCAUUCCCCUGGUACAACUGCCCAAUCAGCCACUGCCUGACCUGCUGCGGAGCUGUGUUGUGCUCCCUUCCCCAUCCACGCGCCUGAGCCCUUGUAUCAGCGAGAUGGAGUCCAUGAUUGUGGUGACGGAGUACGAGCCCAGUGAUGGCUCAGGGCAGGAGGGCGGAGAGGAGGAGGAGGUGGAGGACAUGGACAGCUCAGAAACGCCGGAGCCGGCGUCGUCAGGUCCGGUCCCGCCCUUCCGCAUGGCCUCCUGUGAUCUUCUGUCCCACACGGUGGGCCGCCCGGAAGCACUCUUCCCAGUACCGCAGGAGCACAGAGGUAGACUGAGCCUCUCCGACAGGAAGCUGUCGCUACAGGAACGCUCGCAGACGCUUUCGUCGCCCUGCGGUUCGCCGGGACUGAACGGACGCUAUAUUUACCCAUCGCUGCCCUACUCGCCAAUCACCUCCCCUCACUCAUCUCCACGCCUCCCUCGAAGACCAACCGUGGAGUCUCAUCGUGUUUCCAUCACAGACCUGCAGGACUGCGUGCAGCUCAACCAGUACAAGCUGAAAGAUGAGAUCGGAAAGGGCUCCUAUGGAGUUGUCAAGCUGGCGUACAAUGAAGAUGACAACACGUACUAUGCCAUGAAAGUGCUGUCCAAGAAACGACUGAUGAGGCAGGCUGGGUUCCCGCGCAGACCUCCUCCUCGUGGGGCAAAAUUGGCCCCUGAGGGCCCCCCUCAGCCCAGGCCUCUGGAGCGUGUUUACCAGGAGAUAGCCAUCCUUAAGAAGCUUGAUCACCCUAACGUGGUUAAGCUUGUGGAGGUGCUGGAUGAUCCAAGUGAGGACCAUCUGUACAUGGGUAAGUCUGGCCAGAUACUCAUCCUCUUGGCAGAUGCUAAACACUUGCACAUGCACAAUUUAUUCUACUUUUCUGUGCUAAAUGUAUGCGAAAUCAGAGAAGGUAAUGCAAAACGUCCUAACUGUUUCCUGUGUGCUUUCACAGUUUUCGAGCUUGUCAAACGAGGAGCAGUGAUGGAGGUUCCUACUGAUAAGCCCCUGGAUGAGGACCAGGCACGCUUCUACUUCCAGGACUUGCUGAGAGGAAUCGAGUAUUUACAUUACCAGAAAAUCAUUCACCGGGACGUCAAGCCUUCUAACCUGCUUGUGGGGGAAGAUGGCCAUGUUAAAAUUGCCGACUUUGGGGUCAGUAACCAGUUUGAGGGAGCGGAUGCCCUCCUGACAAGCACAGUUGGGACGCCAGCGUUUCUCGCCCCAGAGACCCUCUCAGAGACCCGCAAGAACUUCUCUGGAAAGGCUCUGGAUGUGUGGGCAAUGGGAGUCACCUUAUACUGUUUCAUCUUUGGAGUGUGUCCGUUUAUGGAUGAGCGUAUUUUGAGCCUCCAUCAGAAGAUCAAGACCCAACCGGUGGAGCUUCCAGAGAACGCGGACAUAUCAGAUGACUUAAAGGACCUUCUGUUUAAAAUGUUGGACAAGAAUCCUGAAACCAGAAUUACCGUCCCACAAAUUAAGGUGCACCCAUGGGUGACGCGGCACGGUGCUGAGCCCCUCCCCCCUGAGGACGACAACUGCUGCAGCCUGAUAGAAGUGACAGAGGAGGAGGUGGAAAACUCUGUCAAGCACAUCCCCAGCCUGGCCACCGUGAUCUUGGUUAGGACUAUGCUGCGCAAGCGUUCUUUUGGGAACCCGUUUGAUUGGGGCCGCAGGGAAGACAGGAGUCCCGCCGCACCAGGACACAUGCUAUCAAAAGGGAGAGCAGGGAGUUUGAAAUACUGCCGCAAUCUCAGUACCCCCAGGAAACAAGAGAGCGAGGAAGGCAUGCGGAGCAUGGACCUGCCCUUCGUGGGCGAGGAUGAAGUUCUUUCCUGAUAGUUGUGGGCAUCUUGCUCGGGUGAAAUGCGCAAGGAUGGGGCUGUCGUGGCUGCCGGAAGGCCAGGAUAUGGACCUGGGGCGUGGACGGAAAGAUGGAAGGAAGAAAGGAAGAUGCUUUUGUUGGGUUGUUGAUGUGGAGUGUGCGCACCCACUCAUGCAUGCAUUUGUACAGUCCACAGCAGCAUGCACUGUAUCUGUCCGCCCAGGUCUCUGCCGUCUCUCAGGACCUGUUUUCUGUGUGCGCGUGUGUUUCUACUCUCCUCUCCGGGCACGGAGACUCUGCUUUACUCCUCUACUUCAGCUAGGGGGCGCCACCGCAAGGCUAAACAGAAUUUUUUAGGAAAAACUGUACAAUUUCUUAGGUUUGUCCAUCACUCAAUUAUUAAAGAGACGUGCUGCUUUGUGGCAGUUUUACAGAUCUUAUUAGAACUGAAUUUGACCGUAAUAAAAUAAAGAUAGCUCAGACUUUCAUCAAAAAUUUAUUUAUUCUCAAAAACAAAAAAAAUCAUCUUGAAAAUCAGAUUUGUUUGGUUUAAAUAAAAUAACAUAUAUAAAUAAAAAAUCAAGGCAAAUAAAAUAAUAAAUAGCCUUUGCACAUUUGCAGACAAUAACCUUUAAGUAGUUUUUAAUGCUUAAUGUCUUUCCAUCACUCAUUAAUUUGAGAGGCAUGAUAUGAUUUGAAAAUGAUAAAAUAAAAAAUAGCUCAGACUUUCAUCAGAAAUUUAUUUCAACUUAAAUCUCAAAAAAUCUGGUUUGUUUGAUUAAAAAAAUUAAAUGAAUUUACAGUAAAAUAUACAGAAAUUAACACAUGAAAUAAAUAGCUUUAAAUCCUUAAAAUUCUUUAAAAUUGCUGACAGUAACAUCUAAAAUGUACUUAUAAGAAGAAAUUUAUGAUUUCUUCAUUUUUUUUUUUCCAUCACUGAUUAAUUAGAGGGACUUCAUUGCAGUUUUACAGAUCUCAUUAGAUUAACUGAAUUUAAAAAUAAAUGAAAAAAAAAAAAAAAACUCAGACUUUCUUCAGAUAUUUCAACUUUAGCUGGAAUUCUUUCUCAAAAUCAGGUUUGUUUAAGCAAAUUAAGUAAAAUAAUACAAAAAAAAAAACAUAAUUUUUUAAUUCAAAUUCUUAAAAUUUGCAGUCAGGAAAUGUGUAUAAAUGUAGUAUGGAAACACUUCAGGAUGUCAUUUAGGGAAAAUGCAGAUAAGUUUGUGUGUGUGUGUGUGUGUGUGUUUGUUUAUAUAUCAAAUCGCACAACUUUGUGUUUAUAUUAUAAUGUCAGCGCUGUAGAUGGCGAACAGGACCAAACCUGGAAACUGUCUCAUUUUUUUUUAAACGACAAAGCCCAAAACCAAGAAAUGAGAGAGUUACAUAGCAUGUUUUUGAAUAGUAGGUUAAUUAUUUAGGCCACAAAUAACCUUUAGGGAAUGCCACAAUAGGCAUUGUGACAUGUCUUCUUGUAUGUAACAUGACCCUUUUAAUCAUGAAGCUAACAGUUUCUUACUGUAAUUUCACUUCCUUUUCCUGUGUAGGAUUACCAAAAUGCCAUGUAGUAGUGCAUUUCGACUUCGUCAUGAUCAGAGCGAGUUCGUUAUCGGCAUUUCUAUAUAGGACGCAUACUCUAUGAAGUUCUUAAGGAAAUACAAUAACUUUGUGCAAUCUAUGCAUGACUUUUCACUUAAGGAAUCAAUGUUUGUCAGUCUGUUUUGACACAAAUGUAUGCCUUACAUUUUCAUACUCAUAACUGUAGCAUAGAUCAUCAGUACAUGUGUAGAGUUUUUUGGUACGAUAGAAUUGUAGAUAAAGUAGAAUUGGAAAUUUUAGAAAAGCUGUUCUAGACAGUGUAGAACUAUAGUAACUCGCUUAAGCUCAGUUUUAAAGUUAGCAAAAAUAGUCCAAAGCCCUGUUGAGAUUUUCUCAAUGUGCACUACGGUCAUGUAUCUCCUGUGUUGAUUAUUUUUCUAUGAUUGUUUGUUUGUUUGCUCUAUUUAGCGGUAGUUUCAAAAUGUCAGAGUGAUGGUGCUUUUCCACCACUGAAAUGAAUAACAUAGCUCAUGCUUCCAUGUAUCAGGGGAGUCUUUUCUGCACAAGUAGGUUGAAUGUAUGUUGUUGGUUUACCUUGUAACUCUAUAAGUCAACUCUCUACCUUCUUGUUUUUUCCACUUUUUAGUUUUCCUGCAUGUUAAACUCUGCUGUAUUUUAUAGUACUUGUUUUCUGUGAUUUUCUUUCUUUCUCUUUAAGACUUUUGAUUUGAAUCUUUUGUGUAGGUACUAUUACUAUGCAUAAGAAAUCUCACAUUGUGGUGCAGUUCUGGACUGUGUAAGUCAGUCGGUUGGUCUCUUGUGUAUGUUGGAUGUUGAUUGUUGAAGGAAUCUUGUAAUAUUGACUUAAAUAUGCAUGUGCACCGACCGAAGCUGGUUAUACAAUAUCACUACUGUAUAUGUAAGUGGACAUUUUAACAGAUUUUAAUGACCUUUAAAUAAUAUAUUCAGGACCAGAGAAGCACCGUUCCCCUUUUUUGAUUAAGUAUUUAUAGGGAAAAUCUGAGAAAAAAAUCUUUGCACAUUAGAAUGUUUAGCAGAAUUCAGAUGCAUGUUUAGCGAAAUCCUCCAUAACCAUGUUUUCUUCUGUACAAUCAAAACUACGAGCUAAAUUCACCAGCUGAAAUCAAAGACAGCAUUUUUCCGUUUCCUAUGUACAGCCGCUUUCUCAAAUACUGACACUGCAAAUGGUACGUUGAAUAGAGGUGUAUUGUAUAUUGAAGGGAACGCUGUACUGUAUAUUUAUAACCCCUUAAUUCCUCAUUCCUCACUGUUUCUGCCCAGUAGUUCUUGAAGGGCUAGAGUAAAUGUUUGCAUCCAUAUCACACUAGCGACAGCAUUUGAGCACUGUUGAGAGGACUGUUUACAGGGAUGUUACAUAAAUGCAUGCCGUCACAAUCACGCAAUUUCAUUCAGCAUGUUUUCGAAGCAUGUUUGAGCUCUUUACAGCAUCCUCUGAUCUCAUUGCUGAUCAUACUAUAUAUUGUAUCCAGUUGAUUAUUUGAAUAAAUUAAAGUUGCCUUUA